AGCCAAUUUGGGCUCACGGCAUUGGCCCAAGCGUGCUCUCAGAGGUGGUCUUGCCCCGCCAAGCGUCCGGCGCUCCGAUGGGCCAGAAGAUCGCUUGCGAGGCCGCAUGCUGCAGACAAGGGGAGGGCGACGCCAACGAGUUGAUGGUGGGCAGUGAGGCGGUCCAACCUGCGCACAAGCAGAAGCUCGGCAGCAUCCCGGGCGCCAACACCACGGCCCUCGCCGCGCCCAACACCAGCGCCCCUCGCCAAGGCACCGUUGCGCUCGAAGUUGCUGUCCAGGACGACUCGCCUGCGGGCGAGAAGGCCGGAGAGCUGGAGCGCUCUUCGGAGGCCGACAUCGCGGAGCUGCUCGGCUGGCGGCAGGCGGCGGUGGUGCCGCGGCCGCCGGCGCCGGUGGUGCUGCAGCUGGGCCUCAAGGGCUUCCUGCAGCGGAAGCGGCUCGUCGCCGACGGCCAUCAACUGACGAAGCGGGUCACCAGCUUCCUCGGCGACGUCGCGGCGAAUCACCAGGACCUGCCGAUGGCGGAGCUGAUGAAGCCGGGGGCGGACUGGAGCGGCUUCGCGCACCUCCAGCUCAGCCGCGUGCAGGCUGUCAGCGAUCUCGGGGGCCCGCGCAUGAAGAUCGUCUCCUGGCGCUCGCUGGCGCACCUCGGCCGCCUGCCGAAGUUCCCGGACGACCGGGCGCACGUGCUGGACGCCGAGGAGCUGCUCAAGGCCUUCAUCGCCGGCAUGGACUCGAAGGGCAAGGUCGAGGGCCGCAUUGCCUGCCUCUCGAUGUUCUCGCACUGCUGGGAGCGGCCCGACAUGGACCCGCUCAAGGCGCACCCGGACACGCCGGACAACAAGAAGGCGGCGGCGCUCGCCCAUUACGGCAAGCAGGGCGUCUGCCCCUACUUCGAGCCCCACCACAAGUUCGACUACUACUUCUGGUUCGACUUCGCGGGCGUCCACCAGACCUGCUCGCGGCAGAAGUACCUCGGCAUCGUGAAGUUGCCGGCCAUCGUGGCGGCGUGCACGGAGAUGGUCUUCUACUGGUCCUCGACGGGGGACUACGAGCCGCGCGCCUGGACGCGCAUCGAGCGCAUGCUCGGGUUCUGCUUCACAAUCAGCCCGCUCUUCGUCUUCAUCUCGGACAGCUACCCGAACGGGCGCGUCGACGCGGCCCAACUCGUCGCCGACGCGCCGGAGGUCUUCGUCGCCGACCCGGAGGUCCAGGGCGGCCUCUGCAUGCUCAUCAAGGACCCAUUUGGCCCAGACGCGCAGAUCACAGACGUCCAGGACAAGGAGUUCCUCCGCCGUCUGAUGGACGCCUGCGGGUCGUCGCUGCCGAUCAACCCGCAGAUGAAGGGCAUGACGAUGGGGAGCGUCGAGUUCGGCAAGACCUUCAUCCGCGUCGACACGGAGCACUUCCGCAUCGACGCCGAGGCGGAGGAGCACAUCCGGCUGCAGCGCAGAGCCCUGAACUCGUGAGGGGGCUUGGGGGCCUGGGGCCUCUGCCCGCUGGGGCCUCGGGGCCUGGCGCCUGGGAGCUGGCGCCGAGGCCCUGGCCGCCUGGGGCCUGCCGGCGGGCCUGCCGGCGGGCCUGCCAGCGGCAUGCCUGCAGCCUCCGGCGGCCAUCCUGCUCCGCGUGAUAGAUACCGCGCCCAGUCUUGGCCGGCUGGCCAAGGUAGACUCACCGGACUGUGCUGCCUUUUUGGCUCAAGGCCUCGCUGGGCCCAUUGAGCCAGAAAGGUUUUCUCCCACCCAACCCGCCCUCAACGGGGUAUCGGAGAGGGGGACAGGUUCGGGCAUGCGCGAUAUCCGCGCAGCGUUCCGAACAGAGUGAGGUGGUUCGUCCCUGGGCAAGCACCUUUGUGUCUGUGCAUGCGCAUGUGCAUGUCUCCGGCCCCAUCUCCGUCUCCGUCUCUCUCCCUCUCUUGCUGUCUCUGCCUCCUUUCUCUCUUCCUCGAUUCUAUUUGCUUGCUGCGGAGACGAUCGUUUUUUUCGCUCCGCCUGGCCCCUCCUUCCCCUCCUCCUAAGGCUCGAGGGCGGCCCAACAAGACCCCCCAAACGGCCCCGGAGUUUCCGGAGUCCGCCCAAGAGGGCCCCAAGAAAUCCCAACGGGAUUUCAAGAGAGGGCCAAGAGAGUCCGCUGGGCCGUGUUUGGACGGGCUUGGUGCGUCUUGCGGCCGUUUUGAGGCGAUCUCUGGCUCAGGGCGCCGUGGAACCGUGGAGCAAAGUGCAGAGGGCGCGAUUUUGUGCGGAUGCACGCGGUAGGGGGCGCCUCGCUCCACCUUGCGCCAUAAGUGCGCGUCUUUCUGUUCACCGCGGAGGCGAUCGUUUAUUUCAUUCCGCCUUGCGUGCACACCCGUGGGCAAUCGACCAGACAAGUGCGCGCCAGGCUGAUGCGUCUCCGUCGGAAAAUAUCAAUGUCAUGUCCUCUUGUUCACUCUUUUCACUCCAGGGGCAGCGAGGAAUUUCGCUACGCUUUGUGUGCGCACUCUU